AUUAAAUUAAGCUGUGAACUCUCGAGUCCUCCUCCUAUCUUUCAAAUCAAAAUAGGCUCCUGGUCCAGCACUUGCGUCGCGUGCAAUCUCCAGGUCCAGGCCAGUGUUACCUUCCGGCCUUCAGGCCCAGACGUACGCAACAUCCAGUCAUUGUUGUUGGCAGAAACAGAAGCAUAAGAUCCUUUGCUCCAUCCAUAAGUCAACACCCAUCAACCACACUAUUUUAAGCCUUCACUUUCUGAGUUUGGUCUGCUCAAACUUCAAAUCUCCUUCUUUCCACAAUGUAUUUUCACAGUGGAAGAACUAAACUCUUGCUUACUCUAUUGCCCAUUUCAGUCCUUUGCUUAAUACUACUAACAACGACUCUCAAAAACAGCUCAACAACUCCAGAAAUCCCACAUUUACAUAUCCACAAACGCUACUCAAUUGCUUACUCGGCAUGUGAGGGCACACUAUACCCUCAACUUUGUGUCUCUACUCUGCUAAGUCUCCCUGAUCUCACUUCCAAGUCCCUCCCAGAAAUCAUCUCCGGUACCAUAAACCGCACAAUGUAUGAGGUUAGAGUCUCCUCCUCCAACUGCAGAGGCAUUAGAAAAAAGCUUAAAAAGCCAGACAAAAUUGAAAAUGUGGCUCUCAAUGACUGCCUAGAGCUCUUUAGUGACACCAUUGAUGAGCUCACAUUAGCACUAUCUGAUCUCUCUCCCAAGACUUCACCCCCCAAACAUUACCACGAUUUGCAGACUCUGUUAAGCGCUGCAAUGACAAACCAGUACACUUGCCUCGAUGGGUUUGCUUAUAGCAAAGGAAAAGUGAGGAAAACAAUCAAGACUAGCCUGUAUAACAUCUCCCGUCACGUGAGCAACUCUCUAGUCAUGCUCAAGAAAAUCCCGGGUGUUAACGCAUCCAAUUCCGAGGCUUUCCCCGAGUAUGGCAAGAUGAGACACGGGUUCCCAUCAUGGUUGUCUUCCAAAGAUCGUAAACUCUUGCAGGCUCCGUUGAAUGCAACAAAAUUUGAUUUAAUAGUGGCUAAAGACGGCACCGGAAACUUCACUAUUAUUGGCCAGGCGGUGGCCGCAGCUCCAAACUCUAGCACGACAAGGAUUGUGAUAUAUAUAAAGGCCGGGGCUUAUUUUGAGAAUGUGGAUGUGGACAAGAAGAAGAAGAUGCUGAUGUUCGUUGGAGAUGGGAUUGGAAAGACAGUGGUGAAAGCUAAUAGGAGCGUGGGUGAUGGAUGGACUACUUUCCGAUCAGCAACUGUCGCAGUGGUAGGGAACGGGUUCAUAGCCAAGGGCAUAACAUUUGAGAACUCAGCGGGGCCUAGCAAGCACCAAGCAGUAGCCUUGAGGAGUGGUUCAGAUUUCUCAGCAUUCUACCAAUGCAGCUUCGUUGGCUACCAAGACACCCUCUACGUUCAUUCUCUUAGACAAUUUUAUCGCGAAUGUGACAUUUAUGGAACUAUCGACUUCAUUUUUGGCAAUGCAGCUGUGGUAUUCCAAAACUGCAACUUAUAUGCCCGUAAACCAAACCAAAACCAGAAAAAUAUAUUCACUGCCCAAGGUAGAGAAGACCCUAAUCAGAACACUGGAAUCUCUAUUAUAAAUUCCAAGGUCACUGCUGCAGCUGAUUUAAUCCCAGUAAAAUCAUCCUUCAACACAUAUCUUGGGCGUCCCUGGAAACAGUAUUCCAGGACAGUUUUCCUUCUUUCGUAUAUUGAUGAUGUGGUAGAUCCUGCGGGGUGGUUAGAAUGGAAUGGGUCGUUUGCCUUGAGUACCCUUUAUUAUGGAGAGUACAUGAACAGAGGCCCUGGAUCCAAUACAAGUGCCAGGGUUACCUGGCCAGGUUAUAGGGUCAUCAAUAGCUCAGCUGAGGCCAGCCAGUUUACGGUUGGGGCAUUUAUACAAGGAGGCGAGUGGCUGAAUUCUACUGGCAUUCCUUUCUUCUUAGGCUUAAAUUGAAGGCAUAUUGUCAUUUUCUCGUGGAUCCUCUCACAUAUUAGUCACCAUGGGCGGACCCACGUUAUUGUGGGGUGGGGAGGAAGGAUUUCCUUCCCCACAAAUGGGCCCUCAUCACCCUGAGAUAUCCCCUCGUUUGUGAAAAGUUUAUAAUGAAAUGGUUAUUUCAUGUAAA